CCCUCCGAGGCGGCGGGCGGGUGAGGCAGGAGAGCGAGCUGCGCCGAUUACAGCCGCGCAGAGACGCACUGAGGGUUGUCCCCCGUGGAAACUGCACACUCACCGCGGCGAGGAGCGCUAAUUAUACUGCGCUUGUUACCACCGCGUCUUGUUAAUAUUCCGGCAGCUGCUCCAGCAAGAUAAUGAUGGCUCCAGCCCGGGCGGCUGCACAGAUAGAUGUGAAAAAUCAGUGAGGACACAGUUCCCGGAAUAUUUGUCCUCCGCACACAGAGCGAAGCCUGGCGGAGUGGAGCGUUCGCCCCGCGGCCGGCGGAGACAGAAGCGUCGCGCGGCUGCGUGUUAGCACACUCGAGCGUGGCUGGGGACCCUCGCCUGCGUGUCCUCAGGCGGGUGUGGGGCUCCGCGCGUCAGGCUGGGUCUUUGCAGACCCAGCGCCCCGCCCCCCGUGUCUGAGGUCUAUUUUGGGUUAAUCGUGUUGGGUUGUGCAGGAGGGCAUCUAGAAACCUCCGCCGCCGACACCAAGCCUCCCCGCCUGCCUCUCUCCGCAAGGCUACUGCCCUUGGCCGUCUUGCUGUGCACACGGAUUUAAAAAUUGCUGUUAUGACAAUGAGGCUUUUUCAUAACUUUGAACGUGAGAUAAAACGAUACUGGACUAGUGGUUUCCAGAACAACCGUGCGCUCCGAUUACAGCCGCAGAAACCCUUCUCAUGACAAACACGUCCACGGGCUCGGGUCUAACUUGCCGGGAGCAAAGCAAUGCCUGGUGUCAUUUAAAAGAAAUACUUUUUACUUGGAAAUAAGUACAGAUUCACAGGAAGUUGCCAAGCCAGAGAGCGCGGAGGUCCCCACGAACGCCAUCCGUGGCAUCUUAUGUAACACGGCCGUGGUGUGCACCGGGCAAGCCCCGCGUCUAGCUCUCCGGUGCUGGUCACACGGGCGGGUCCCCGCGGCCACCACGAGCUAGACUCAGGUCUGCUUCAGGAGGAAGACUCCCACCGGUCUUCCCGGUCUCCCCUCCCACCCGCCUCCUGCUGCAGCGCCCUCACCCCUGCCGCCGGGAAUCUGUUCUCCGACUCGGGGAUGCUGUCAUUUCAAGAAUGUUCUAUAAAUGGAAACAUACUGUGUGUGACCUUUUGCGAUCUGCUCCAUUCGCUUGGUGUGAUGCCCCAGAGACCCAGCCAGGGCGUUGUGCGUGUGGACGGUUAUUUUUACUGCUGAGUGUGUCCCACGGUGGUCUGGCCGGACCGCAGCGUGUUCGUAGGACAUUUUUGUGGUUUCCAGCUUGCCCGUUCCGAGUGAAGUUGUCAGGAUGAUUGUGCACAGGUUUUCCUGUGGACCCAAGUCUCCAUUUCUCCGCGAUGGAUGCCCAGGAGUCGGUGGCGGGGCCGUGUGGUCGGGGCAGGCUCUUCCUGCGGGCUGCUCCUCGGGGCGGCUGCUCUAGCUGGCGUUCCCACCGGCAGCGGUUUUUUCCACUGGAGCUCGCGAAGCCCUGGACAUUUUGGGCCGUGAACGCUGUGCCUUCCUGCCCAGCGGCCCUGCCUUCGGGUGUUGCCAAUACCUGCAGUCUGUGCCGAAGCUGGUUUCAAGCAGCUGGUGGCCCGCAGAGCCCAGAAUCCACCGUUUUCUCCAGGAGGUUUGUGUCAAGGAUGAGGACUCACACUCGUCACGAACCGAAUCUGUGUGCGGCCGCGGGGACCUCGCACACCGUGAGCACGACAGCAGGCUGUAGGGGUGGCAGAUGGCAGGUUCAGAGACGGCGCUGUGCGGACAGGGUUCGAGCGAGCCCUCCACAGGGCUUGAAGCUCUCAAGACGGCCGAGCCCUGGAAACACCCGUCACCGUGCCGUGAGCUCAGGCUUCGUCCUUCCCGCACGUCAGCAGAGCCUGACCGAUCACGAGCAGUCACUCCCUUCUCUGGUGGCCGAGUUGUCUGCUGCUGCGAAACAAAAGCUGGCUGGCUUGAACGAGGACCCCCUCAUCUCACGGCGUGCGUCCGUCCGUGAGUCAGGGCCUCGGGAGCUGGGCUGUCUGGCUCAGGGUCUCUCCAGAGGUUGUGGCCGAGACGUCGGCCGAGGCCCGGGCCACCUGCAGGCUGGACGGGGGCUGGAGGGUCCCCAAGUUGGCCCGCUCGCGCCGAGUGGGCGGGCGGCCCCAGGUCCUCGCCCCAUGGACUCUCCCGGGGCUGGUCCCCCCGGGGCGAGCCGUCCGGGGGGACACAGGGCAGCUGCGUGAACCGAUCUCGGGCGGAGCGCACACUGCCCUCGUCGGCAGCGCGUCACCAAGAAGAUCCCGCACUGGAGGGGAGAAGUGUCGCAGAAUGUGGGGACGUGACCGAAGCCGCCGCUUCCCGUAUCCGGAGGGGAACGGUGCCAACAGCAGUGUGUCCGUCACCUCCUGCUGAUGGGCAAAGCCCAAGGAGAUGACACAUCCCCCAGGGCCCCUUCUGAUCCGUAGACAGUGGUGACGGUGGACAAAGACCGUGGAAGGCCGCCUGGUGCACGAGGGACCGAGACGUUGGCCUGGAACCGGUAGCCCCGAACUCUGACUGGGGUGGAGUCACCCGGGAGGUUUUGAAAUGCCGCCGCCCAGGCCCCAGACGGGAGAGCCAGUGUCCUGGUGGCCAGCGGUGAGAGCCCGUCGCUGAGCCCAAGCGGGUGGACGCUGCUUCGGGGUGCCCCGGCUGGGUACGACCUCCUGGGUAGGACCGUGCUCCCCUCUCCCCGGCUGCGUGCCAGACGGAGGCUGUGGUUACCGUCAGGCGUCCGGGUCCUCUCUGUGGCUGCCGGAUGGUCGUUCCCAGACGUGGCUGGAGUCCCCAGGAGCACAGAGCCUGACUGCUGGGCUGGACGCCGGGCAGAGAGGCUGUGGCUGCCAGCUGGGCCCGCGCUCUGCUCUCCCGAUGACACCUGAGUGCUGUCCGGCCAGCCCGUGUGGUGACCAGGUGGCGGCCAGGUCACUGCUUCUACACACUUCCCGAGGUCAGUUCUUGGUCGGCAGCCCUGCAGCCCCCCUAACGCACCAGCUUCCGCCGCCCCCGAGGCCCUUCUUUGGCGGCUCCUUUCCUGAGCGGUUUGGACAGCCUGAACCGUUCAUGUUGUUCUAUUCUGCCUGGGACCACGGAGCCCGAGGCCACGGGGGUCCCCACGCCCACGCUGUCUCAUCCCCAGGGUGCACUUGGUCCCGGUCCCGUGGCUCAAAGAGAUUCAUUAAAUUGGGGAAUCUUAAUUUCUA